GUCGAGCAAGGGGACUCCCAGAACUCAGCCAUGUGCAUCAUGCAGGUGGACCAGAGAAGAGAUGUCUUUUGGCUAUCUUGGUCUUGCUAGAGCGCUAGCUAGCUUUGGCUCUGCCCUGUAUGAAUGUGUAUAUAUGCACAAGCCACAGAGACAACUGAAGGUGAUAUCUGGAGCCUAGCAAGUCCACCAUGCCUAGAUACCUGGCCUUAGACUAUCUCUCCAAGGCAGUGGGUGAUCGCCGGUGCCAACUGGAGGGGAUGCUGAUCACCACACCUCGUCACAUGGAGAUAGUGGACUCGUACAUUCAUCAGGGACAGCUGCCGGCCUCGUCAUUGCUAUGGCAACCAUGGAAAAAUAAUCAGCCGCCAGUGGAUGUGGUCAUCUCGUGCUCCACUGAGACCAUGGGUAAGGAGAUGGCCAUCCUCGUCAACUGCUACUCUCACCACUGUAAUGGAGGGGGGGAGCUGGAGAUGUUCAAUACAUCAAGUGAUUUUGAUGAUGUUGGCUCUGAGGUGGACCUGUUCUCUCAAGACAUAGCCAGGGCCAUGGGUGAGCUGGGGACGGGGAAGGACUAUCCAGUGGAGACCCUCGGCAACUGGGACCUCAUACUGCCUCAAGACUCUAUAGGUGUGUGUCUGAUUGAGUGUCCAGAGUCCCCCAACACGACUGACACACUCCUCUCACUGCUACCAGGAGUGGAGGAUCUAGCCAGAAGACUCAAGCCCAAGCUCUUACAAGACCCAUUCCUUGAUCAGCAGGGUCAGGCCUACUGUUAUGAGAGGCUCACCAGGUCUGACUUAUCACUAGACCACUUUGAACCUGAUGACCUUUCAGUGCACUCUGAACCUGGUGACCCUCCGGUGCACUCUGAACCUGAUGACCCUCUAGUGGUAGUAUCCCUCUCGUCCAUUAGAGAGAGGUUCUCCCCCGAGUCCCUGCCAGAGAGUGUGGACACCACGGACCUUGACCCUCUGUUUGCACUGCCCCUGCCUAACGAGGGGGAGCCCCUCUUGUUACAGGCUAACGAGGUAGAGCUGCCACUCAUGGAGGAGCUUGUCGACAAUGAAGAGAUGAAAGAUGACUCUAAAGACUUACUGCUGCUCAUGGAGGAGAUGUCUAAGAAGUCCCUCACUAAACUGCCCAGUGAGGUUGUUCCUGACCUCAGCCCUGUGACUGAGACCAGGAGUAAAGUACUGGACUUCCCCACAUUCAACAACCAAGAUGUGAGCAUUGAUUCUGAUGACUCUGGUAUUGGCCACGCCCUCCUGGAGUCCCCCCUCCUCCCCCACAGACCACACACCCUCUCACCACUCAUCAACAAGCAGCUGGCACGUCUUGAACCCAUGCCCACCUCUCCAGACAGAGAAAUUGUGUUCCUGAGCCCGGGUACUGAGCUGAGGCUGAGGAGGGAAGUGUGGGAGAGGGAGACUGUGUUUGACACCAUUCUGGCUCACAGAAUAUCCUGCCCAGACACAGGUGGUGGUGUAGUGGAGCGUGGGUUAGAGGUCAGUGCAGUGUCAGAGCUCAUCUCGCUGCUGGAGGUCACAGAGGUCAAGAUGAGUGGAGAUAGUGAGCUUGAGUUGGACUGGGACCCUCUCUUCCAGUCCUACCAUCUGAUGGAGCUGGCAGAGAAGAGUCUCGUUUCCCGACAUCCCCACUCUUCACACUCCCCACACACCCUCACACCUCACACACGCCCUCAAGGGAGAGAGGAGUUCUCGAAACACGUACUCAAUGAAGAAGUUGCUAUUGAGAUACCGUUAAGUCUAUCGACUGCACAAGACAGCAGUUGGAGGAACUUGGAUGUGCUUGAGAGUCAAUCGAUGGAUUCUCGUGUUAUUGAGGAAACCCGAUUGUCUCAACCAUUGGCAAGUGUCCAUCCAAAGGACGCAGCUUGGAACUUGCUGCUACAGUCAGCCUCCACUCGUAUGAGGGAACCGUCCAAUCAGAUCACUCGCAGCAACAACCCACCAGCCAAUACUGUUUCUAGAAGAAUGUCCGAUGAUGUCACCAGAUCAACGUCCAAUGGGAUCUCCCGAAAGAGCGUCCCCUCAGUGAUGGACAAGUGUGAUGGAUUGGAAGCAUUCUUAAUGCUACGCUCCAAAAUGACCAUGUCCACUGGGGUCAAAAGGUCACUGAACGAAGAGACAGAGGGUGCUCCACAUAGAAAGAAAAUUGUGGAGGAGCUGGGUGAUGACUCUCUGAUGGAACUGGAGCUCAUCGAGAGAACUGCCACAUCAGCAUUCCUGGACGUCUGUCUGUCAGGGUCUUACCUCUCCACUGUGACAAAGCUGGAUGGAUUGAUGCGUGACCUCCGAGGGGAGCUCACCAGAGGGGGUCUUCGAGUGCCCACCAGUGGGGGGUCUCUAGACUCCCUCAAGUUCCUACUCAAGCAGCAACAGAAAGCUCUUCAGGACAACACCAACCCCUCUAAGACAGACUACUACGUGCGUUCCUGUCAGCUGACUGCCACCCUCUACCUCACGGCCUCGGUGUACAAUGCACUCGUCCAUUGCAGUCUGGGAGUGGCCCUAGCCAAGGUGACGUCUCUGUGUGACAAGUACCAGCACGUGUUGCGUGAUGGUGCUGGGGCAGUCAAGAGGGAACUGUUGGAACUGCCGCUAGUCUGUCAGACCACCCACCCCAAACUAUUGGAGUUGGUUAGACUGUUGAGUGGGUGGAGGAGAGAGGGGGGCAGAGGGGAGAAGGCUGUGAUAGUGGUGGAGACAGAGUUCCCAACUCUCUCAGUGGAGAUCCUCGAUAUACUGCAAUCUGUGCCAGAUAUGAAGGCGUGUGUGUUCUCAAUGUUACCAGAAUCCUCCCAGCUUUAUCAGAGGACAGUGGAGGAAGUAUUCCAGACCCACCACUGUCUGGUGGUCCCGGUGGCCAGCUUGUGCGGGGGAGAGAGCUUCCCCUGGGAAAGGGUGCGGCUACUAGUCGAGUAUGAGGAACUCACAAGACCUCUGUUUGACACCUCAGCACAUCAGAAGGGUGAUCGUGGACCUACGGUAGCGGACAGACUCAACCUGAAGAAGUACGUCACUCUGAGAACAGUGGGAGACCUCUCGUCCAGUCUCCACCUCACAGAGGGUGGAUAUGAGGAGCUUAGUUCAGUGCAGUACACUCUGAUUGCCUCGGAGAGAAUUGUGACACACACACAACUACUACAGCUGCUGGAGACAAGAUAUAACACUGUGAUAAUCGAGCGUGACUAUUCCCCGUUGCGUCAACGCCAUCGACAGCACUCGUACGCUGACCUCUUGGUUGACCCCUCCACUGGCCUCCUACUGAGACCACUCUCCAGUCUAGCCAGUGAGGCUGGGAUGAGGGCCACUAUCAACACUCUCACUGCCCUCUCCUUCCAACUCACCACCUGCUGGCUACUCCUCUACACUGAAGACUCUAACAGCUAUGCGUACGGAGGAGCCAUACCGUCCAACCUGGCUCGUGUGCAUGCUUCAGUGGCUCACUAUUGCCCCAAGCUAGACGCCUACUCUGUACGCAUCAUCACGACCCCCUCCACUGACCAGCUGGCUGCCUGGGUCCGUAGGGUGGCCGAGAAGACUCAUCUUAACAACACGGUGCAAGACUCAAGAGAGUGGGUGGACAGGGAUUGGAUUGAUCCUGAAAUGACAAAGCAAGAGAUGGUGCUGAUUUCAUUUCCCUGUCUCAACUCUUUCAGUGCCCAGUGUCUGUUGAGGGUGGUGUGUCUGGGUGACCUUAUCCGAAUGUCUCUAGAGCAGCUCCAAUAUCAGUUCCCAUGGUUAUCGCACAAGGUUGCCAAAAUGUUUCACAAAAUGUGCAACUCUAACGAGAUCGCAGAGAUAGUGGAACCUGACUCAGCAUUUCUACCCAGUAUGGAAGCGGCUACGGAUGAUGAUGACGUAGUACAAGUGAAUUCUUCGUAUUAUCCCCCUCAAACUGAAGUGGAACAUUUCGAACGGAACACUCCUCUCUUAAACCAUCAAGGUGACAAUGACACCAGACAAUUUUCUCACGAUCUCGCCUUCAUGGAUUGUGUGGCUAAUGAUGAGAGGUCACUCCCACCACAGGGCAGCGAUACUGUCGUUUUGAACGACUCUUUAGAAGAAGUUGAGAUGGCAACUUGUGAUAACAACGAUAAAAUAUCUAUAUUUGGAGUCCCUAACCACGAGAGCUACACUAUCAAUAGGACAUUUUUGAAACAGGACAACUCUUCUCAAAAUAGCGAGGUUAUUGACCUCACCUCUCCAGAUAUAAAACUUGAACACGACUCCAUGAGACAUAAUCAAUCGAUUGUGGAACCUGGAUACCAUUUUGACUUCUCGUUUAGUGAAGGUGACCAUAACACAAGUAUACACAGCGAAGAAACUGGUUUGUUCUCAGAUUACUUUAAACAAGAAGCACCAAAACCUCCUCAUAGCAGGCCACCUGUCACAGCCGCUAACCAAUCCUCUGCUGUUCGUUUGCUCUCCUCCAGCCGACAAAUGCCCUCACAAAAACAGAUAAAGAAAUCGGUCUUAAGCAGUAUUUUUAAACCAUCGACUUACAGAGGUGGCCCCUCAACAAGUAGCUACAACUCUCAGUUAGGUUAUGUGUCCAGCUCGAUCGUGACGAAUAAGGCAAGCAGUCAAUUACGUACGCCUGUGAAAUCUCUCGAUUUGGGGUUUAGAGAACAAAAUCGUUCUAAAGUGUUACUGCAAUGCAACGAUCGUACUAUUGGGUCCAAUGUAGAGAGACAGGCUGAGACUAGAGCUACCAAUCGAAUACAAGACGGCACUACCCUGAGCUUGUUUGGGACGGAGCCAAGCAGAAGUUUUGUCAGACAUGAUUCACUAGUCCCCUCCUCACACACAACCAUAUCUCCGCAAUACAAGAACACCUCUUUGUUUGACUCCCCUCGAGGAAGUGUGAAGCUGAGCCCUGCUAAGAAGAAGCUGCAGCUCACGUGCCAAAGGGACCCAACUAGAACUGAUGGACAGACUAAACUAGUCUUAUUCUGAACUUAUUAUUAUCAUAUUAUCAUGACUGAACAAUUCCAUUCAUUAUGGACUGUUAUAGUAUUAUAAAUGCAAUUUUUAACAUUUCAAA